UUGCAGACUAAGGAUGUCCUCUAAGAGGAAAUCGCCACCAACGAAGCUAUCGGAGGGCGGGGGCGGCGAGGAUACAGAGGAGACAGUUGCCUGCGAGGGAAGCGAGGGUGAGACUGAAAAAAGCAACCACAGAGAAGAGUUUUUUCCAAACCAGAGGGACUGCGAGUCCUCGGGGUGCUCUUCGCCGACGAUAAGCGAGCCAGAGUUCCAGGAUUCGCCUUCUCCGUCGCCCAACUCUCCGCCACCCACCAAAAGACCGAGAAUUUACGUCGCCCAGGAAGCUUACACCCUGUCGGUGUCCAGCUUGGAGCCAGCUAGCUCUUCGGAGUGCGGGAGCCCGCCUACGCUUCACGAGUACUACCAGCAGCAUCCUCUGCUGAACAACAACAGCGUCACCCACAAUAACAACAACAGCAACAACGGCGCCAUUGUCCCACCAAAAAGGUCCAUGGACGACGUUUUAAAGAGACUCACCUGCAAGAUGAACAGCGGGUCGCUUUCCCUUCAAGAUGAGGCCAGGAGGUCGCCACCCUUGACCGCUCCUACGAAUCACAACACGCAUAGCAGCGGAUACAGCAGUAUAUCAAACAGCGUAGCAGCAUCACCACCUUCUGCAAGCAGAAGGACACCAACAACAACAAUAUCCUGUAGCAGUAGCAACACCACCAACACUACCACCACGGCAAUUACCGAGGGGUACCAAGACGGGGCGUUAGCGCUCCACCGCGUCCUCUGUGCGGAGUCAAACGCUGAAAAAGAGCGACGACUCGACGAGAUGAUAAAGCAUUUACAGCUGAUACGCGAGCAACUAUCACUCCAGCAGGAUCAAAAGCACUAUCCACAUAUGGACGCCAAACAGAUGGAGCUUCAGCGCGUGCAAAGCGAGCAGCUGAAGCGCCAGCAAGAGCAAAUGAUCCACCACCACAACAACCUCCAGGAGCUGCAGAACCAGAUUUCCAAGGGUCAGAUCAUGCCGAGCACCCAGUCCCUGAUGUUCCUUCCGUUUCUGGAGCAGCUUAGAGGGUUGCCAGUGUCCUCUAUGCCUCCACCCACCUCCACGGGGAACAAACAUAUCAACUCUAUCGCCAAUAUGAUCCAGCGUGAACCCCAAGGUUGGACCCCUUUAGAAAAAGAGCGAUCACCUACCCCAGUAGCUGCCGCUCCAACAACAGCACCCCUGCAAGAUCCCGACGCUCCGCUGAACCUGACCAAGCCCAAGUGUGCUGAUUCCUCACCUGGAGAAGGUAGCAGCAGUCAAGAGCAACCUCUGGCUGCUACUGCUCCGAAAUUGUUUCCCCCAGGGCUGCCAAUGCCCAGAAACUACCUUCCCAGCUUGCCCUACGCUGGUCUUCCUCCUCAUCUAGGGUCCAUGUCUUCGCCAAUAAUGGUAAAAGACGAACCUGGAGCAUCAGCAGCGUCAAGCGCAGCUGUGGAAAAGCACUUUGCUAUGCAUGGGAUCUACGGUUUGCAGUCCGGAGCAUCAGCAUCUCCGCAGCGACCAAUGAAACAGUUUUCUCGGGAAGAUGCAAUGUCUGAUGAUCAAGAUUUCCUGGCUAGCACCCACCUUUGGCGAGACCCAGGCUACAAAGUCCCAGAGGACAUAACAGAAAAGGCGAAAAUGGUGCGCCAGCAGAAGCGAGAAAGUGAAAACAAGCCGCACAUAAAGAGGCCGAUGAACGCGUUUAUGGUCUGGGCGAAAGACGAGCGGCGCAAGAUCUUGAAAGCCUGUCCGGACAUGCACAACUCAAACAUAUCAAAGAUCCUGGGCGCCAGGUGGAAGGCCAUGUCUAAUUCGGAGAAACAGCCGUACUACGAGGAGCAGUCCAGGCUGUCGAAGCUCCACAUGGAGAAGCACCCGGACUACAGGUACCGGCCCAGGCCCAAAAGAACCUGCAUCGUAGACGGCAAGAAGAUGAGGAUCUCCGAGUACAAGUCGUUGAUGCGUCAACGAAGGCAGGAAAUGAGACAGCUCUGGUGUCGAGAAGGUGGCCCUGAAAUGGGAUUCUUGAGUCCAGUUGGCGACAUGUCUCAUCCAGCUGGACCUGGUCCCUCAGCUGGCAGACCCUCGCCAUCUCCUCCGGUGAUGAUGAACGGGGCUGGACCCAGCCAGGAGCACUCCAACUUCUACUAUCCCCAGGACAGUCUCUCUCCCGGAGACAUGAUGGACUUUUCGCCUGAUAAUUCCGGGUCCAUUAGCGGGUACGACGCCAGUCCUAGACACCAUGAUGAGGAUUGA